GCCCACUACUUACCCCCUUAUGAAGUUUUGUUUGGCAUACAAACAAAUUGAACUUUUAGCAAAAACUCUAUACAACUUAUAACUGUCAAAAAAGUACUCUGUUUUUCCUUGUUAGGGAAAGUAUUUUCCUAAAAACCCCAACAAACAAUUGAAAAACCAUUCCAAAGCCUCCAAAAUGGAUCUAUCAUCUUUAAAUUUUGGAACACCAUUUCAUCUAUACCCAGCUCCCACAACGUCUUCCCCUUCUUGGUUGUCGUCGAAGGCAAUGUCACUACCUACAGCUGCAUUUUCCUCAAGGUCCCCUACAUCAACGUCAUCCUCCCUAAUAUCGAACUUCAUGUGUUGGCUGUUCAUAAUGCUGAUAUGCUGUACGUCACCCACAAUAUCGACACGUGCUCGAGUAACACCCACAGCCAUGACACGUAACAUUGAAGAGGAAAAUGUUAAAUUUCUAUUGCAAGGACCUCCUGUUGUGGCCGAAUCAAUAUUGGGUACCAAUGCAAGACUGCCGUGUAAUGUGACACCACCAUUAUUGGAAGAUCGCGUUGCCUUGGUGAUAUGGUAUAAAGUAGGACUGAAGACACCAAUAUACAGUGUUGAUACUCGAGAAUCGAACUUUUCCCAUGGCACUCAUUGGUCGGAUGAAGCAUAUCGAGAGCGUUUGUCAUUUGCCCUGGAUGGUCGAACGGGCACACUUACCAUGACUAAUGCCCAACAGGAGGAUACGGGCGAAUAUCGGUGUCGAGUGGACUUUCAAAAGAGCCCAACACGUAAUUCCAAAGUUAAUUUAACCGUCAUAAUUCCCCCCGAGUCGAUUAUAAUACUGGAUCAUAAGGGUACAACAAUAAAGGAUCAUACAUUGGGUCCAUACAAUGAAGGUGCCAUAAUAAAUAUAACGUGUGUGGCCAUUGGCGGUUCACCACAACCACGCGUUACCUGGUGGCAUGAAAAUACACUCCUUGAUGGCUCAUCACAUCCACUUUCGGAUCGUCGUGUUGGUAAUAUCCUGUCAUUGGGUAAAUUAAAACGUAAAAAUCUCCACAUGCAACUAACCUGUGUGGCGGCCAACAACAACAUCACAGUGCCAAUAACGAACACUGUGACAUUGGAUAUGAACCUGCGACCAUUGUUUGUGAAAUUGCAAGGAGAAAAUCGUCCUUUAUCGGCGGAUAAUUCAUAUCAAUUAAGUUGUGUCGUAACUGGUUCGCGGCCAGCUCCCACAAUAACAUGGUGGAAGGGCAGUACACCGAUGAAAAAUACCCAUGAAAUUGCUAAUCCCGAUGGUAAUAUGACCACAUCAAUAUUAACCUUUACACCCACAAUUGAUGACCGUGGCAAAUAUCUAUCCUGUCGCGCCGAACAAAGCAUGAUACCCGAAUCAGGCAUGGAAGAUGGCUGGAAAUUGGAUAUUUACCAUAUACCCGUUGUAAGCUUAGAACUUGGCACCAAUUCCAUGAACUCAACGUUACGUGAAGGUAUUGAUGUCUUCUUUGAGUGCAACAUUAAAUCAAAUCCCUGGGUUAGCAAAGUCAGUUGGCGUCACAAUGGAAACAUAUUGGAAAAUAAUAUUGCCGAAGGCAUCAUAGUUGCCAAUCAGAGUCUGGUGUUGCAGAAUGUGAGCAGAGCGCGUAGCGGCAUUUACACUUGUGUGGGCAAUAAUCGCGAGGGUGAUGGUGAAAGCAAUCCAGUGAAUUUGGAUAUACGAUUUGCACCCGUAUGCCGGCAAGGACAACGUACCGUCUACAGCACUGGACGACAUGAGAUGGCAAAAAUCGCUUGUGAAAUUGAAGCAAAUCCAGCGGAAGCAACAUACGUGUGGAGAUUCAAUGCAACACUUGCUGAAACAAUUGAUAUACCGGCAUCCCUCAUAGCCAUCGAUCGAGGACGCAGCAUUGCCCACUACACACCGGUGUCAGAGAAUGACUAUGGCACUUUAUUGUGCUGGGCCAGUAAUGAAAUCGGCGAUCAAACAGAACCGUGUGUCUAUACAGUAACGCCAGCAGGUGAACCCGAUCCCUUGAUAAAUUGCACUCUGCUCAAUCAAACUUCGACUGGUUUUCAAAUCGAAUGCCUUGAGGGCUUUGAUGGUGGUCUGCAGCAGGAUUUUAUAAUGGAAGUUUAUGUGAAUGGCACAACACGGCAUCCAAAAAUCUACAAAUCAAAGACACCUUAUUUUGAGGUGCGUGGCCUGAUACCAGGUGCUGGUUAUAAUGUUUUUUUGGUUGCUCACAACAGCAAAGGACGCAGCAAUGCAACCAUCCUGCAGGUCUACACACUCAAGGAUCCGGAAAAACAGACAGUUUUGAUUACUUACAAAAAACAUUUUGUUCCGUCAAUGCCUUUGUUAAAUGGGGCAACUAUCUUCACACCAACUACCCCAACACCUUAUAAUUUAACACCACCACCUAAGUCCAAUAAGAAAAAUCUUUCUUUAGCCUAUGCGCCUGUCAUUGAAGAUAUACGACCCUUUCUGGGCAUUCUUGUGGGCAUAGUGGUCAGCAUUAUUCUGGUGGCCUUUAUCAUAGUGAUUAUUGUACGCAUGAGAGGUUCCUCAGGCAGAGAUCGCAAUAAUUACAUGCAUGGCACUACCACAGCUCAAGGCCGUGGCAACAACAAUGGUCUGGGAUCAUUGCACAAUAGUCAUGAUAUGCAUAAUGGACGGGGGAAUUGCCAUGUCACCAGUAGUAUAGAUAGCAUAGACAAAAAUCCGGAUAUAAUACCACAAGAUGGUCAUGAUGAAGACGAUGAAUGGACCACCAGUGCCCAUAAUCAUGCCUUUGCCACAGCCGCUUUGGCCGAACAGAAUGCUGUCAUAACCUCAUCGACCACUUAUGAUCACAUUAUACCCACAUAUGCUGUUGUGGAUAAGAAAUCCCAGGCCCAACAUUUGCAACAGUUACAGCAGCAGCAACAACAUCAACAGCAAACCCAACAAAUGUCGGUGCAACCGCCACCCUCACAUCAUGGUCAAUAUGUGCAAUACAAUACGCUGAUACCGGCAAGCAAAAUGGGAGCCUUUGCAGCUCAACAGCAACAAACGAAUAAGAAUGACUUAACACAUGGCGAUAUGGGUAUGGGAGGUGGAGGACCACAACGUAUGACACCCUACUGUAGUGCCACACUGGGUAGACCUAGACAAACGGAUCUGAAACGUGCCGAGCCCAACAUCUAUUCACAGAUUGAUCUCGCCCAUCAUCCCAUGUACUCGACGAGUCCCAUGUUUGCCACGAAUACCAUUACCGGUGUCACCAUGUCACAUCCAUCACAAUUGGCCACCUUUACCACACCCCAUUCCAUGUAUGCACAUAAAAUAGUUUCAGCCGCACAGCAACCACCCUCACUCACACAAUCACAUCAUCACCCUACCAUGUCACAACACUCAGCUGCAGUAGUGGUGGCAGCAGCGGCGGCGGCAGCAGCCGCCAACAAUCAUGCCAACAAUGGCCUAGGUAGUAUUUGCAGUGGUGGCGGCGGCCUGUUGCAGACAACGGGUGGCAUGAUGCCCAUGCAUAUGCCACCACCGCCAGUGUCACAUCACAAUGCCCAGCAACAUCAAUCCAUCAUAUGUGCGUCGUCCCAGAAGAGACCACAAUCGCCUUUGGCGCAAUCAGCAUCAGUUAAAGCAGCGGCUGCUGCCACAGCAGCAUCGGCGGCUGCAGCUAACUCAACAGCAGCACCAACAUCCACAGGACUGCCAUGUACAUCGUCAUCAUCGUCGUCGGUAUCCACAUCGGGGGGAUCGAGUGGAAUGGUUGGCAUGCUACAUUUACAGGGAAAUGGCAGCAUAGUUGGUGUCAGCAGUCUGGGGUCCGCAGGUGUCUACACUAACGAAGCGUCGACAAAUCCAGGUCUACUAAAAACCGUACCCGAGGAAAUUGUACAUCAUCAACUGAAUGGUGAGAGUAUUCUAUUGACUCAAGAUCGCAGCAAUGGCACACGUUUCUGACGAUAAAUGAGUAUAACAGAAAAUUCUCCCUCCCCCCUGAGAAACUUACAUACACACACAUACACACACAAACACACUCACAAUAAUUUAACAUAGAGAAAAUGGACAAGACAGUGAACCUCGAAAACAAAAUUAUUAAUAAAUUUAAAUGAAUGAAAUGCAAGAAAAAAAAACUCAAAACAUUUUUUAACAAAACAAAAUUCAAUUUCAACUGAACCUCAUGUUAGGAAAAUAGAUAUAAUCUCUAGACAAGCCAUAAACAAAAAGAAAAUUAAAGAAAUAGAAUAAAAGUCCCCCAAGAAAACAAGGCAAACCCUUUGGUAACUGCAAGUGGUGAAAUGGUAAAACGAAGGAACCGAUAUGAAACUCUUGUAUGAUUUUAGCGGGAUUGUUGUCAAAAAACUAAACAGAAUAAAUAAUAAAAAACAAAAAAAAAAAAAAACAA